CUUGCAAAUGCCCCGAUUCAAUUCAAUUUAUCCGAAGACUCUCCUCUCCGCCUUAACCAAACUUCUAGUCCAGGCAACGAAAGCCGAAAAGUCGUCUCCAGCCCACCAUACUCCACCCCCACUGACGCCGCCGACACCACCAUCCCUCCAUUACCCAACCGACACAAACUAUCUUCCAAACGACACGCCCAUAAAUUAGAAAGACAACAUAGUCUCGGCCAGUGUCUUUAAAUUAUUUUUUUUCUAUCUGACUUGUUAAGACAAAAUCAGAACGAGAAAAUUGUGGGUUGGCAAUGAUGGAGGAAAUAGGAGGAGGAGGAGGGAAACAAGGAGGAGAAGUGUGUGUGUCUAGAUCAGUGAACGAAGUAUGGAAAGGGAUGAUGAAUGGGUUAGGGUUUGUAAUGAAGUUGUUUUUACAGAUAUUAAGAGGGACUCCUUCUAUGGCUCAAUUUUUACUUUCUUAUAUUGGUUUUACAUUUCCUCUUCUUUCUUCUUCUCCUCCUUCUUUUAAGCCAUUGCCUGUUGUUGAGAUUCCCUUGCAAGAAACCACGUCGAACAAGAUCACAGACAAAGCCCAUGAUAGCAGUUGUCUUCCUGGUUAUGUCUGUGAUUUUGGUGCUUCUGAUGAUUGCCUCAUUGAGAAACUCACUGUGGUGCUUGACUUGGAUGAAACUCUUAUUUGUGCAUAUGAGGCUUCUAGCUUGCCAGCCAUUAUUCGCACCCAAGCUGUAGAAGCAGGGGUGAAGUGUUUCGAGUUGGAAUGUUUCUCUUCAGAAAAGGAUGUUGAAGGAAAACCAAGGAUUAAUUAUGUGACAGUGUUUGAAAGACCUGGUUUGAAAGAGUUCUUGAAACAGAUUGGUGAAUUUGCUGAUCUGAUUUUGUUUACUGCUGGUCUUGAAGGUUACGCCAGACCGCUCUUUGACAGGAUAGAUGUGGAGAACCAAUUUAGUCAACGUCUUUAUCGACCUUCAACUGUUAGCACGGAAUAUAGAGAACAUGUGAAGGAUCUGUCUUGUUUAUCAAAAGAUCUCUCACGAGUUGUGAUUGUUGACAACAACCCAUUUAGUUUCUUGCUACAACCAUUGAAUGGAAUACCAUGUGUUCCAUUCUCUGCUAGAUUGCCAUAUGAUGAGCAGCUUUUGGACGUCCUCCUUCCACUCCUCAAAAACCUAUCCCUACAAAAGGAUGUUAGGCCUGUUCUUUACGAGAGGUUCCACAUGCCUGAAUGGUUUCAAAUGCAUGGCAUUCCUGCUUCUGCUUUGACAGUGUGAGAAUGAAUAAGCUGUGUGCACCUGAGCAAACACAUCUCCGUGGUAGCGUUUUGCAGUGAUAAAUUGUCAUUCCAUGUAUAUUAUUUUUGUCAUGAACAGGUGCUGGUGAAGGGAAUUAUGUUCUUUUGAGGAACCUGCAAUGGUGCAUUUCUGAAAAUAAGUUAUGAAGCAGGUUUUCCAUGAUUGAGCAAACUCAGAUUCUUUUGUAAUUAGGCAUAGUCAGUAGUGUUAAUGAUUUUGAAGGUUUUGGAAGUUGCUUUUUGUUACGGAUUAGUUGACCCUUCCCUUGUAUAAACAUUGUGGAAUGAUUAAUUAUUAUUCUUUCCUCUGUUUUUUCCGCUA